AUGGCAGACGCUUCCUCCCCGCUGAGCGAACUCACUCCCUCUGCGACCUCCAUCCCUCAGAAACGUGCCCUCGAUGAUGACCACAGCCCUGCCGUCUCGUCGCCGCUCAACCCCGAAUUCAGGGCCCAGAAAGUUCAUGUGCAAUUUCCAGCCGACGACAGCCACAUGGCGCGAGAGAAGAGGACUAAGAAGGAUUCUCUCAAAAAACGCGAAUCGAAGGGUGCCGGCCCCGACAGCUCGCGGGCGACUCCGGACCCUAAGCAGAAAGAGCCGCCUGGCGAGUUGGCUCCCAUGCGGUACAAGCUAGCCCGCCCGAAGCCCUCCGACUUCGAGCUGUCACGGGGCCCCGUUUUCACGAGUCAUCACGAGGUGCAGGAUGCCGAAGGGAGGACGAUCGAAUUCUUCGAGACAUCUGAGCACGUCUACAAUAAGAAAAACUUCCAUUAUACGCAUUGCAUUGCCGACCCUGCCUUCCCCUCCAUGUUCUACUACCGCAAUACCGAGCCCCCGCCGCACAGUGCCCACAUGAGCUUCGAGGAUGCCGCGUCCCACAUGUUCUUCGACAAAUCCGGCACCCACGUCACCUCCAACAAGGGCUUCCGGAUGUCGCGCGCCAACGUGGCCGUUCGGGAGGGGCGGUGGUACUGGGAGUGUAAGAUCACCCGAGGCAUAGUCAAGAACCGCGGCGAGGGCGAACCAGAAUCCCACGGUCACGUCCGCAUGGGUUUUGCGAGGAGGGAGGCGUCGCUGGACGCUCCGGUUGGUUUCGACGCCUACAGCUACGGCCUCCGGGACGCGGCGGGACAAAAGGUGCACAUGUCUCGGCCCAAAGAUUUCUUCUCGCCCGGCGAGGAGAUCAGGGAGGGCGACGUCAUCGGACUCGAGAUUCAGCUGCCGUCGGAGCGCUUCCAGCGUAGGAUCGUCCAGGGGCAGUACAAUCCCGCCGUCGACCGUGACGACGAGCCGGACCAGGCUGAGGCCCCCAAUAUCAUCCGUGACCGCAUCCCGAUCCGGUUUAAGCAGCACAUCUACUUUGAAAAGAUAGACUACCACACGACCAAGGAGCUGGAAGAGCUGAUGAACCCGUCUCCCAUGGGGACAGGCGCCUCGCUUGAGCGUCCACACCCGAACCAUCCGGUCCCGGCGCUGCGCACGCUGCCUAACUCGUGCAUCAAGGUGUACAAGAAUGGCGUCCUCAUGGGUAUACCUUGGACCGACCUGCUCGCCUUCCUCCCGCCGGCUUCGAAACAAGCACAGCAGAGCGGCGGCCGCGAGGCACUCGACGACGGGUCGCUGGGUUACUACCCGGCUGUAAGCGUUUUCAGAGGCGGUGCAGCCGAGGUGAACUUCGGCCCAAAUUUCUGGUACCCGCCACCUGCGGAGGAUGAUGCGCAAAGUUCAAAGCUCGGCAGGCUGCGCCCGGUGAGCGAGCGCUACGACGAGCAAAUUGUCGAGGAUAUUGUUUACGACAUUGUGGACGAAGUCGGCUUCUGGAUGCAGGACGGCGGCCGGGUAAUCGACCGGUCCGCGCGGGACGACAAGGCCGGCGACGCAGCAGGCAUGGCGCCAGGGCGAGAGGAAAUCAAGGAGCUCGUCCAGGACGAUUAG